AUGCCUUCACCUACAACACAAUCAGUCAAUGUCGAUAAUGGUUCGAAAUGUGAUGAUGUCUUGAAUAAUGGCAAUGAUAUUGAAUUCUUGAAAAAACAUUUACCACAUGUGGAUAUCGAAACUGGUUUAAAACAUCGCACAGUUCAAAGAGAUCCAAUUACCGGUCUUGGAGCAUUACCAAAAGAACAUGUUGAACUUGGACGUACAAGAAAUGCUUCAACUGGUAGACCGGCUUUCAACACAACAUUAAUUGCAUGGGAUGUAGAUAAUGCAACAGUAUGUAAGAAUAAUGGACAUACAACUAAGAAGAGUAAACAACCAACACGUAAUCCAAUCGCUUUAACUGGCGAUCUUGGUGAUGAAGUUGAUAGAUUACGUACAACUAAUGGUUCACGUAGUGGAACUCCUCGAGAACCACAACGUGAUCCCAUUUCUGGGAGAGGAAAUUUUGGUGAUCGUGAAUGGGAUCCAAUUGGUAGAUAUAAUGGAAAAACUAGACGAGCCAAAAGUUCUACUGGUAUUAGAACUAAUCCAUUAACUGGCGAAAAUGUGAAAACUUUCACUGUCAUGGCAGAGGAAAGAUGUACAAAUAAAGAAAAUGGUGUAUGUAAACGAAAUGUUUCUACGAAGAAUAUUUUCACUGGAGAAAAUUGUGAGAAUUACACAGUUUCACCUGAAUUGAAAUCUCCUAUUAAACGUGUACAACGAGAACCUUCACGUAACGCUAUAACUGGUGAGAAUUGUGCAACAUAUGAUUAUAAUUCUGAAGUUAAAAUAUCAAAAAAGCGAACACCAGUCAAAAUUUCAAAUCCAUUGAAUGGUGAGAAUGUUAGCGCUUUUAUGGUAUCUCAAGAAGAAAGACCACGUACAGCUAAACCUUAUGUAUACAGGAACACAGUGACUGGUGAAAAUCUUCAAAGUUACAAAAUAACACCAAUUGAAAGAAAUGUUACACCUAGAGUGGUUAAAGAUCGACAAAAUCCAUUAAGUGGAGAGAAUGUUGAAAGUUACACUUAUCGUUUAGGGGAAUCUAAAAGGACUGUCAAAAAAAGAGAUCUUAGUUCACCAUUAACUGGAGAUGGUUCACGUGGUCGUUCAUAUACUAUAUCUAUUGAAGAAAAACAUUUAUCCCAACCAAAUUUAAACAUAAAUGAACAUGAUUCAACACAUCAUACAUUAUCAUCCAAAUCUCUUCGAAAUAUAUUAACAGGUGAAAACUGUACUACAUAUAAUGUAUGUCAAGAAAUGAGAAGUGAAAAAGUUGACAGUACGACAAUGAUGAUGAAUGGGAAUACACAUAAAAAGUCUUCCUACAAUAUUAUAACUGGUAGUGAAAAUGAAUGA